AUGACGCUCAAUGUCGGCGACAGGGUCCUGUUCAACGUCGGUCGAGGGGCAGAGGAGGGCAUCGUCCAGGGCUUCCACAAGAACCACAAGGGCGAUCCCGCCGUGAGCAUCGCCUAUACGAAGAGAGAUGGCGACAAGAUCAUCAUGCACCGCCUUCUUGAUAAGGUGGUGAAGUCCUAG